UCCCCCCUCAUAUUGUAUUGCCUUCUCCCAUUUCCUUCCUAUCAUUGCGUCUCCAACAAUGUGCAGACGUCAUACACAAUUGCUCCUCUGCUUAUUCAUCACCUUCUUCAUCAAUCUUCCCUUCCCUUCCUUUGCUGAUGUUGGAACUGCCGCUCAAUAUUCUCCUCCAUAUUUACCGACGGGAUGCUACGGCGGCGAGGCCUUACAGUUCCCUUCGAGCAACCUGUUUGCGGCGGCCGGAGAUGGAAUAUGGGACAACGGGGCAGCGUGUGGGAGGCAGUACUUGGUAAGAUGCAUAAGUGCAGAGCAACCCAGGACUUGUAUUCCGCAGCAGAUCAUUCAGAUCAAGAUCGUUGAUUAUGCGGUUUCCACCGUGUCGACUCCGUCGGCCACCGGAACCACCAUGGUUCUCUCUCAGAAAGCUUUCCAGACCAUUGCUAAUUCAUCUGCUGGUCUCAUUAAUAUAGAGUUUCAACAGGUCUGAUAUAAUUAAGAGCUGUUGAUGAUUCAAUUUGCUGUGAUUGUCUGGGAAGGUGAAUUGAUGAAGCUAGAGGGAGAUGAUGAUGAGAAGAAAGGUCUUUGUGGUAGAGGUCAAGGGUACUGUUGAGUGUUUUGGAAUGGGAUUGGUGAUUAUUUCAAGUUCACAUGUGGGUUUAAGGAAUUAAGUUCCUUUUUUCUUUUCUUUUUUUGUAACUUUCUUGGAGGGUCCUCAUGUUUCUGCGUUCCUGUUUUAAAUUUUUGAGCUUGGAAUUCCACAGCCAGUCAACCUUAAAAAGUGCUUACAAUCAAUCAAAUUCUUGCAAGUUGUGAGGAA